ACCACCAAGAAUGCCUUUGGCUUACACCUGAUAGACUACAUGACGGAGAUCCUGAAACAGAAGGACUCCGAACUGACCAACUUCAAGAUCGCAGCUGGCACGCUUGAUGCCAGCGCGAAGAUUUACGCCGUGCGCGUGGAUGCGGUCCAUGCAGAUACCUACAAAGUUCUGGGAGGCUUGGGCAAGGACUCGGCACCCACGCAAACCGUGGAGAGCCCAGAAGGAGAUGCCAGUCCGGUUCCUGAGGCUGUCAAGAGAGCUCAGACAAAGAAAAAGCACUUGUGCAAAACCAUCGAGCAGAACCUGAAUAACAUCAACGUGUCGGAGGCUAAUCGCAGAUGUGAGGUUGAUCCCAUGUUCCAGAAAACAGCCGCGUCUUUUGAUGAAUGCAGCACGUGUGGCAUUUUCCUCAUCGGGCUCCGUACCCAAAGCUGCCAGAGCGAGCUCCUGUUUGACUCGAAGAUCGUGCCUCUCCCUUCUUCAGACACCCUCACGCUGCCCAGCUCUGAUCCUCUGAAAGUGACGGAUUUAAAGCCCCUGCUGUUGCAGUGCAUUGAAAAACGCCCCAUCUGCUCUUCGCUGGCCGGUUUCCAGUUUACGAAGUGGGAUGCUGAAUCCCACGACGAGUCGGUGUCAGCCCUGUUGGAUAAAUUUAAGAAGAGCGACCAAGUGUUCGAUAUCAAUGCGGAGCUUGACAGUGAUGCGGAGGACGCUGUUCCCACCCCGCUGGAUGACUUCAGUUCCGACUCCCCCCGGAGCGGAGCAGCAGACAAGCUUGGGGAAUUCACAGACAACCUCAACUCCUUUGGAACGGUCCACCAGAGCAAGAGAACUGAUGUGGUUCCUUUUGGAGAGGGAGACAUCGGGACCAUGUGCCUCCAUCUCUCCAUGAAUCCAGGGGAAUACUCCUACUUCAGUCCCCGGACUCUGUCAAUGUGGGCCGGCCCUGAGCACUGGCGCUUCAAACCUCGACACAAAACAGAUGCUGACUCUGAAAAAGAGGCCAAGAAAAGGAGUGCAAAGAAAGCGUUUGAAGUGAACUUUGAUGAGGACAUCGACUUUCAGACGUAUUUCCGUAAGACCAAAGCGUCUGUAACUCUGGCCAAAUCCAUACUGGAAAGCCAGAACAUGAAGAGCACCACGCUUCCCGCAGACUUCAACUAUGACCCUAACAACAUUCUCCAGCUGUUCCUCAAACCGGCUGUUAAGCUCUGCAGAAUGCCCGAGCCGAACAGGUCGUUGGAUCACGCGGAUGAGAUCGGCGAGUACGACUACAACAACCCCAGCGACACCUCCAAUUUCUGCCCUGCCCUGCAGGCUGCGGACAGCGAUGAUGACGACAACGGCCCCGUUCAAUUCACGGGCCAGACAGGGGACUUCAACCUUACUGCCCACCAUGACGCUGAGCUCAACAGGACUGUCGGCGAUGCCAAUGUCACAACGUAUGGAGAGCUGAACCUCAUUGCUGAGCCCCAGAGGGUCAAUAAGAUAGCAAUUCAAUAUGCGAAGACAGCCAAGAAAAUGGACAUGAGGAGGUUGAAGAAAAACAUGUGGGACCUCUUGACUGAUGGACAGGAGAAGGAAACAGUGGCAGAGGCGGAAGAUGCAGAGAAGGGGAAGAACACAUCAGUGGUAGCGGGCGAGAAGGUCUUCAGCGGCAUCACGAAGGAACUGCUUUACAGGCUGCCUUCUGUGAUGGCGAGUAAUCUGUCUGUCCCCUUAGCCUUCGCCUGCCUCUUGCAUUUGGCAAACGAGAAGAAUCUGAAGCUGGAGGGCACAGAGGACCUGUCUGAUGUCGUGGUGAAACAAGACAACUGA